UGUAUCUAAACGUAUAUUCUCAAUAUAUCGACAAAACAAAAUUAUACAUAAUGUCCGAAAUGGAUGACUGCUCUAAAAUUAUAAAAAACACUUUUAAUAAUAUUAGUAAGCGGUCUGCUUACUCACAACUGCUAAUUGGAGUUACCUCAGGAUGGGCCACUGGAUUUACAACAAUGAAAAUUGGGAAAUUUGCAGCAUUUGCGAUUGGCGGAAGCAUAAUAUUAUUGGAAAUAGCGCACCAAGAAGGAAUAAUUGAAGUAAACUGGUCCAAGAUGACAAAAAGCGUUGGUUCAAUUGCAAACAAAGUGGAAUCUUCAGUUCUUGGGCGUGAAACCACUUGGGUCGAUAAGACUGAAAGAUUUGUCGAUGAUAAAAUGGUAAAAGCAGAGAGCUUGUUAAAAAACAAAGGUAAAAAAGUAAAAAAAUGGUACACAAAGCUUAUCGGAGAUGAAGAUGGCCCAAAAGUGAAUGAACUCCACAUUUUUACAGCAGCAUUUUUUGGUGGAGUUGCAUUAGGCAUAGCAACCGGUUAAUUUAUUUUUAAAUACCA